GCGCGGGGCCCACGUAGGGCAGGAGGCCAGCCCCGGGGGGAUCGGGCCCGGGACUCCACGGAAUCUGGAGGCCGAAGCCCGCGCGCACGCAAGGCCUCCGCUGCUUCCCCGACGCCUCUUGCGUGGCCGCGGAACCCGCCGCCCUCUCGGUUGGGCUACCCAGUGCCGGGCCAGGCGUGUGCACCCAGAGCUUCCGCGCCUCUCCUCGGGCUCCUCUGCUGGAUUGCAGCGCCGGCUGGGCACCAGGAGUGCAAAGCGAAAACCGCACGCCGGCCGUUCUGUUCUCCACGGUCUCCAAGGAGACACGGACCGAUCCAGGGGCGGCGUGCAGUGGGGAGAUAGGGUCAGAUGUGUUACUGGGCACCGCACGAUCAUGUUCACUGCAGCCUUGACCUCCUGGGCUCGAGUGAUCCUCCCACCUCAGCCUCCCAAGUAGCUGGGACUACAGGAUUUUAAAAAUGGCUGCAGCUCCUCAAGCACCGGGGCGGGGAUCUGUCCGUAAGACGAGACCUCUGGUUGUGAAGACGUCGUUGAACAACCCAUACACCAUCUGCUGGAGCCCUCUGGAGAGCGAGGAUAUGCACUUCAUCCUACAGACGCUUGAGGACAGGCUUAAAGCUAUUGGACUUCAGAAGAUUGAAGAUAGGAAGAAAAAGAACAAAACCCCUUUUCUGAAAAAAGAAAGCAGAGAGAAAUGCAGCAAUGCUGUUGAUAUUAGUGAGGAUCUGAAGGAGAAAACAGACGCUAAGCAGCAAGUGUCAGGGUGGACGCCUGCACACAUCAGGAAGCAGCUUGCCAUUGGCGUUAACGAAGUUACCAGAGCCCUGGAAAGGAGUGAACUGCUGUUAGUUCUGGUGUGUAAAUCAGUCAAACCUGCCAUUAUCACCUCACACCUGAUUCAGUUAAGCCUCAGCAGAACCGUCCCUGCCUGUCAGGUCCCCCGGCUCAGUGAGAGAAUCGCUCCCGUCAUUGGCUUAAAAUGUGUUCUAGCCUUGGGCUUCAAAAAGAACACCACUGACUUUGUGGACGAGGUAAGAGCCAUCAUCCCCAGAGUCCCCAGUUUAAGUGUACCAUGGCUUCAAGACAGAACUGAAGAUUCUGGGGAAAGUUUAGAGACUGAACCUCUGGAAAGCCAAGACAAAGAGCUUCUGGACACUUCAUUUGAAGAUCUGUCAAAACCUAAGAGAAAGCUUGCUGACGGUCAGCAGGCUUCUGUAACAUUACAACCCCUUAAAAUCAAGAAACUGAUUCCAAACCCUAAUAAGAAAAGGAAACCACCCAAAAGUAAAAAAGCUACUCCAAAGUAAUCUUGCAUAAACUUGCCAUGUCAUACUGUUUGUGAAAGCACACCUUGUGAAGAAGCCUUACAACUAAUAAAAUGAGUUAUAUUUACAUAGA